ACUUCCCCAACUGAGUGAUCAUGCACCCAGCACCAUAAGCCAGAGGGUGCUCCCCGGUAAGGAGGGAAAAGGUGUGUUCACAGCCACUCAGUCAGAGAGAGUGACACAAGCCCUAUUAGGAAAUCCCUGGAGGACAAGGAUAUAAAUCCCUGCCUGGACUGCUGAGUUUCCACUGAAGGUAAAAGUUGGGCCUGGCAGCCUUCCCCAGGCGAGAAGCAACAAAGUCAAAGAAUGCAGGGCUGCAGAUUAGGGGGUGCUGAACCUGAGAUCACCUCCCGUGUCCUUCAGAAGUUGCUGGAAACAAUGUUCGUCUUGUACGUGUUGAUAAUCGGCGUUUAUUCCUUCACCGUUCAGCCUGAGGAACACACAGUGGCUGCAGGAAACUGCCAGUUUCUUGGCAAGCAUUUCAAAACUGACUUCAAAGUGGAAGGGGAGCCUGUGGUCCUGAAGUGCCCCCAGGCGCAGUAUUGGUUGCGGGAGUCUGUCAGCCCCCACGUCAACGUGACAUGGCAUAAAAAUGAUUCUGCUAGAACGAUUCCAGGGGAAGAAGAGACACGAAUGUGGGUCCAGGAUGGUGCUCUCUGGAUCUUGCCAGCCUUGCAAGAGGACGCUGGCACCUACCUCUGCACUGUCAGAAACACGUCUUACUGUGAUGAAAUGUCCACUGAGCUCAGGAUUUUUGAGAAGACAGAAGCUUCCCUGCCUUUCAUAUCAUACCCGCAAAUUCUUACGUUGUCAACCUCUGGGUCCUUAGUUUGCCCUGAGCUGAGUGAAUUCAUCCGUAACAAAAUGGACAUGAAGAUUCAGUGGUACAAGGAUUCUGUCCUUUUGGAUCAAGACAAUGAGAAGUUUCUAAGUGUGAGGGGAACCUCUCGCUUACUCAUACAUAAUGUGUCUGUGGAGGAUGCGGGUUAUUACAGCUGUGCCAUGACAUUCGCCCACGAAGGCAUGCAGUACAACGUGACUAGGAAUAUUGAACUACGUGUCAACAAAAAAGAAGAGGAGACAAUUCCUGUGAUUAUCUCCCCCCACCAGACCAUCUUAGCUUCACUGGGGUCAAGAUUGACAAUCCCAUGUAAGGUGUUUCUGGGAGCUGGCACACAUUCGACCACCAUGCUGUGGUGGAUGGCCAACACCACCAGCAUAGAGAGCGCGUACCAGGGAGGCCGCGUGACCGAGGGGCAGCGCCAGGAAUACUCGGAAAAUAACGAGAACUACAUUGAAGUGCCACUGAUUUUUGAUCCAGUCAUAAGAGAGGAUUUGAACACGGAUUUUAAAUGCGUUGUGCACAACACACUGAGUACUCAGAUGCUACGUACCACGGUCAAAGAAGCUGCCACAUUCUCCUGGGGGAUUGCGCUGGCCCCCCUCUCCCUGGUCUUCUUGGUUUUGGUGGGAAUAUGGAUGCACAGACGGUAUAAACACAGAACUGGAAAAACAUAUGGUUUGACCACGUUAAAGACUGGCCCUUAAGAUUUUCAAUCUCACACGAGUGAAAUAAAGGCAAUAAAACAAUUCAAAUCCAAGCGAUAUCCUUUUUCAUGGAAAUGGCUUGACCUUUUCGAAGAUAGUGCUCUUCCUCAGUUUAACAGAGCUGCUGUGUUUAUGGUGAAGCCCUAAACAAAGAAUGUGAUGUUUAUCCUGACGCUGAAUGACAGGAGGAAGUGUGCAUGUGGGCGGGUGAGUAGCUCCCUGCCACUUGUGACCUGUUUAAAAGAGUGAGGUGCCCCCAGGCCUGAGUUAGAGUUAAAAACAUCUAGGUGAGUUUUAUAAUUCAUUCAUUCGUCAUUUAACAAAAGCGUAUUAGAAGUCUACCCUGGCUAUGCUCCGUGGAAGGUGUUAUAGAUACAAAACUAGUUAAGAUGUAGGCUGCGUUUUGGGGAAGAUGGAAUUUCAUUUUGAGACCAGAAAGAGUGCUUUAGAAAUGCUACAGAAGGAGAAUCAGCAAGAAUUGCUGAAUUUUUUCAAAAGGACGAGCCAAAAAGUAGCAAUUAAAAUAGAGUAGACUGUGAGAAAAAUACAUGUUAUUAGGACAUAUUAGUGAACUAAGAAACAGACUCAACUUUACAACAAAGCUUCUGAAAGUAAGGAGGAAAGAAAGGUAUUGGGAUAAUUGCAUACACAUUGAAAAAACAAAACAAAACUAGGACCCCUUUUGUAUCAUGUUACUCCUCCCAAAGAAUCCCAGUUGAAUUGAUAAAUUAAAUUUAAAUAAAUCAAAUUGUAGAAAAAUUA